AUGGCUGAAAUCAGAAGAAAACUUGUCAUUGUUGGUGAUGGUGCCUGUGGUAAAACUUGUCUGUUGAUUGUCUUUUCCAAAGGCACUUUCCCUGAGUUUUACGUUCCCACCGUAUUCGAAAAUUACGUAGCUGACGUCGAAGUCGAUGGAAAACACGUGGAAUUAGCUUUAUGGGAUACAGCAGGCCAAGAGGAUUAUGAUCGUCUUCGUCCUCUUUCUUAUCCUGAUUCUCAUGUCAUCUUGAUUUGCUUUGCUGUUGAUUCUCCUGAUUCUUUGGAAAAUGUUCAAGAAAAGUGGAUCUCUGAAGUACUUCACUUCUGUCAAGGUCUACCCAUUCUCUUGGUUGGAUGUAAAAAAGAUUUAAGAAAUGAUCCUGCAACAAUUGAAGAACUUCGAAGAAACUCACAAAAACCUGUCUCUUUUGAAGAGGGUGUUGCAGUUUCUCGAAGAAUUAAUGCUUAUCAAUAUCUUGAAUGCUCUGCCAAGACAGGAGAAGGUGUUCGUGAAGUAUUUGAACAUGCAACAAGAGCCGCAUUAAUGGUCAACAAGAAGAAGAAG